UCUCCCUCCCUCCAGUUCCCUGCGCUCCCAACCGCCCGCGCCCGCUGCCUGGCAGCCGCGGGGAUGGCGAGCGGCAGAGCCGGGGCGGUGACGAUAGCAGCGGUUCCACCAUUGGAUGAGGAGGCCUGAGGGACGGGCCAGCGUGGUGAACAACGAGAGAUUGAGGUGGGUUGCCCCGAGAGAGCGAGGGCAAUGGAGGCCAACAUGCCGAAGCGGAAGGAGCCUGGCAAGUCCCUGCGCAUCAAAGUCAUCUCCAUGGGCAACGCUGAAGUGGGAAAAAGCUGUAUUAUAAAGCGCUACUGUGAGAAAAGAUUUGUGUCUAAAUACCUUGCAACAAUUGGAAUUGACUAUGGAGUCACAAAGGUACAAGUCAGAGACAGAGAAAUCAAAGUUAAUAUCUUUGAUAUGGCUGGACAUCCCUUCUUCUAUGAGGUUCGUAAUGAGUUUUACAAGGACACACAGGGUGUGAUACUGGUCUAUGAUGUUGGGCAGAAAGACACCUUUGAUGCCCUGGAUGCAUGGCUGGCAGAAAUGAAGCAAGAGCUUGGACCUCACGGAAACAUGGAAAACAUUGUAUUUGUAGUGUGUGCCAAUAAGAUCGAUUGUCCCAAGCACCGCAGUGUUGAUGAAAGUGAAGGGCGUCUCUGGGCUGAAAGCAAAGGGUUCCUGUACUUUGAAACUUCAGCACAAACUGGAGAAGGAAUUAAUGAGAUGUUCCAGACCUUUUAUGCAUCCAUAGUUGAUUUAUUUGAAAAUGGCGGGAAACGUCCUAUUACAAAUAGCAGUGCUAGUUUCACCAAAGAACAAGCAGACACCAUUCGCAGAAUUCGAAAUAGUAAAGACAGUUGGGACAUGUUGGGAGUCAAACCUGGGGCCUCAAGGGACGAAGUCAACAAAGCGUAUCGGAAACUCGCGGUGCUGCUUCACCCUGACAAGUGUGUAGCACCUGGCAGUGAAGACGCCUUCAAAGCAGUAGUGAACGCCCGCACAGCCCUCCUGAAAAGCAUCAAGUAGAAAGGAGGAACAAAGACACGUGUGGGCCUCGAGUACAAAGAGACUGUCCCUAGAGGUAAAAGAGCCAACCUAGAUUUUUCCUCCGCGAAACUUGACUGCUGUUUUUACUCAUGUGUUGUUAUUUGUAAAUCAAUAAUUCAGGUGCCUGUUACCAUUUCGUAGAGAGAUGAAGUGAAGAGAACCAAGUACCAUUUAUCCAUGAUAGUUCAUUUCAUAUUUCCAAAUUGAUUUUUUCCCCCUGAUUCAUUUGUUAGCUUCCUUAGGCACGUCACUCAGGAAAGUCCAUGAGAUUUCUGGAGGGAGGCAGGACGGGAGCACCCAUUCACUUUUCUUUUUUUUAAAACUUCAUCAUCAGAGGAGAAAAUAACAAAAACAGAAGCAGACAAUCUGAAAACCCCUGGAAGUUUGGUGUGAUCUCACAGGCAGGUCGCUCCUUUCAGAGUGAGUUCCUUAGGUGGUCUGUUAACUAUUAAUCUAAAAUUAAUGAAUUCUUAGCAGCCCUUUGGAAGUUUGGGAAACAAGUCAAUACCAUUCUGAAUUGAGCUGCCCUUUUGUGACAUUCACUCUGUUCUGCUUCUCCAAUCACCAAGGGGAGAGACAAGCCAGUCCUAAGAGAAGAAAGGCGACGGCAGCCCCUCUGAGUGCGCUGGCUGCUGCUAGCCCCACCCUGGAUCUGAGGCCUUGCUUAGCUGUGGAAAUGGGUGCCGCUGGCUGUAGGGAGCGGCACCACCUAGGAAUCAGGAAUCAGACCCAAGACAGAAGUGGUUGCAGCUCACACUAGAUUGUGCACACAUGCUCCGAAGGCACGGCCAGCCUGGCGGCCCUAAGAGAACCCCCUGGGAGGCUUACGCAUGUUCUUAUUUCUGCAUCAUUUGCCACAGGUAGUGGAAAAGGCAGGGGUGCUUCUCCACAAGCCAGGCCUCCUCUUCACUUCCUCAUCAGUGUCGGCUCCCUGUUCUUUUCCUCUUCUUCUCGUCCCCUCGUAUUUAUUUAUUUAUUUAUUUAUUUUAAUAGCUGUACCUCACAUCUGCCAUCAUUCCUCUCUUCUUGAAUCCCCAGCUCCCAGCCACUGCCUCCUCAGUCCUCCCUUAGAAGCCUCGACCUGGUCCUGGUUGACCAGAGACGAGAACGGAUCCUUUGGGUGGUGGUAGAGGAGAGCUCUUCUGGCCUGUGUGGGAGGAAUCUCCAGAAUAUUUCCUGGGUUCCAAAUUUCUGGGUAGUAGUAAUUUUAAACCACAGAUUAUGAAAAUUAAUUUCACAUAGAGAAAUACAUUCUCGUGCCAUCGUCUCCAUCUCGGUCUCCAAGGGAUGAAUGAAGCCUGGAUGUUAGGACUGGCCUUCCUUUGAGAGCUUAUGGAGCCACACUCACUGCGUGACUCUCAUUGUGAUGCUCGUAUUUUGAGCUGUGACCACCCUGCACUAGGGCUUUAAAGUAUAUAAAAUGUUACUGCUGUCUGGGAAUUAUAAACAGCUCUCGCAUAUCGGUCGCCCAUCAGCAUACCUUACCACUUAAGAAGAAAAGCCACCUUCAUGUGAUCCAAGCCUGCUGCAGUCUUAGGGAUUCCUUCCCCGUCCAAAGCAGCUUUACUUUGUGUGGCUGCCUCUGAGCUGCAUUGAGUUUGUUGUCGGGAAACCACAGCGCUGUUUUCUAAUCUUGGUGAUACUGAAAAUGUUCUUUUUUAUGAAUUGAGAUCUGAAAUAACGAUUUCUCGUCAGGUUUUCCACUGGCCUCUUAAUUUUAACUAGCUCCUUGGGACGCAGAACUCCAACCCAAAGUUCUUUUGCACCUAAAUUUUGCUUAAGGCCUUCAUCUUGCCUAAAAUAAUUAAAUAUUGAUCUGUUUUUGCAAUAAAAUUUAGGAGUCAUAUGAAUGAGGGAUCAUGCGUGGUAUUGUCAGCCCAAACUGACAUGGGUAUGUGGCUCUGUAUAACAAGCCGGUCCAGUUUUCAUCACUGUUGUUAAACACUAGGUUGGUCCCCUCACCAACUAUAUUGUACAGAGGAGCAAUUACAGCAAAGAGAGUUCUUUAGAGCUUCCAUUGAUAUCUUUACAUAAUCAGUGAUGUGUUGAAGUUCAGCCUGAUCUUGAUUCUUAGGUCUUAGGAUGCAGUUCCCAGCACCUUCACUGUUAGUGCUAAAGCUGGCCAUGUAUUACUUCGUUUAUGUAAAAGAAAGGAAAAACGUGAGUGAAGUUUCAGGGUCCUAGAAUUUUUCCAAUUGCCGUAAUCCUUGAAGAUAAUGAAGCGUGACCCACAGUUGAAAGCUUUUUUGGUACUUAACGUCAUACAGAACUUUACAGACCUCUGCAUUAAUGUAACUUCUUGAUGCUCAUAUGUACUUUGUAGUUCAACUUUAAUAAAAUUAUUCAGCUAGUUAGGAUUUCAAAAUACAUCAGCGAGAAUAGCAACUAGCAGAGUAAUGGCUGAAAAAAAUCAUUUUAUAGAGAAUCUUGUGUUUCAAAAAAGAGUAAAAAGUUUGAACAGCUAUUAUUAAAGAAAAGCCAUUUCUUCCAUGUAUGAGUCACGAAGAAUGAACACUUUAAAAACUUUUUAGAAAUCCCUGGAGGCAUUUUAAAUCCAUCGUCCAACCUACCUAAGCACUUUAAAAUACACGCUCCUUUUGUUCCUCUGUUCCCUUUUCAUGCCUCCUUUUUAAUUGAUACACUCAGCUCUCAACAUUUCUUCCAGUUCAGCAUUGUCAUUUCAUUUCUUCACAUAAAUGUGUCCUUGGUUUUGUUUGCCUGUUAACUUCCUAUUAUGCAGCUAUCCAAGAUAAAUUGCUCUAAUUCUAUAGAUUGCGCCUAUUCUCACAUUUACCUCAGGAACCUCACUCUAGUAUGUUCUCAUGCACUGAAUUCUCAACUGGUAAAUAUCUCCUAAUAUCCAUAAACUAGUACCUAAUUCACUGUUAGUUAAUUUAAACGAGCCAUAGUUAAGGCAGCUAAAUUUCUGAAAGAAAGCCAGAGUAAGUGUGCAGCACCAGUAAUGAACUAGCUGUUCCUCACAGAACAAGAACACAGUCUGGAAGGAGAGGAAGGUGUUUCGGUGUCAAGGUAGAAAGGAUGGAGCCGCCUGCACACAUUGCCUUUGACAGUGACAGGGCUCUUCUUCCAAGUGACUCAGUGGGCACUUGAAUGUCACUCCCUUCCCCACUGUACUCCGUCUAACUCACUCUGAGUCUGUCAACGUUUUUGUAAAACGUUUGAAAGGAAUUUGGCUGCAAAAUAUAACUCACCGCCUUCCACUGCAAAUUUUGCAAAGUGAAGAGAGGUUCAUACUUCUUGUGACCGGUAUUGAGCACAAUUGUAAGACACAGUCAAUACUGUUUGUACAUUGGUUUUUCCAUUAAGCAUCUCUAGAGAAGACAAAAGCUGACACCUGCGAUGUGGAGACAUCUGAUUGUGUCUGCCAAGCGAUGCAAUAUGAGGCCGUGCAAUAAAGGCCUUGUGGGUGAAACGACUUGUUGGAAAGUUGGACAGUUUAGGUUAGCUUCCCGCAUUGAUUGCUCGCAGGGGCGUUAGUCCCUUUGACUGUGAAAGCAGUCUCUAAAGAAACCCUUUGCGCUUACGAGGUAAUUUACAUAUUUGCUUUCUGUUGAAGUAACUGAAAAUGUUAAAUCUAACAGUUGUUUAUGUCUUGUAUAGAGAGUGUCACAUGUAUUUAAGUUGUGUAUUUUUAUAAAGUAAAGCCAAAUAUCGAACACUG